AUGGUAUCAUGCUCAAUAUUGAAUCUAUUUAACAUUCAAACUCGUUCUACUCAAAUAGCCCCUCUUGAUCAAAAAAUCGACCGAACGUUAACAUUUUUUUGCAACGGCCACGCCACGACUAACGCAUCAACUAAAACCGUAGCUUAUGGACAAUGGCAUAAUAUUCAUGAUACAAACCCAUUAAAUUAUGAAUUUGUCAUAUAUAAAAAUGGGGUUAUGCAUAAGGACUUGUCAGUCAAUAUACAAAGAGAUUUGGUAAUUAAAAAAAAUGAAGCCAAAUUAUUGACCACCUUUGAUGAAUUAGAUUUAAAUGGACCACAAAGUAUUGUUGGAGGAUGUGUAUAUAUAAGUGUUCGAG